GCGCGCUCAUCGAUACUUAAACCCGCUGAUGCAACGCGAAUCAUUCCACAAACGGACUGAACGGUCGAACAGUCAAGAGCUCGUCGCUAAAAAACAACAAUGAUGCCUGGUCAAAUCCCUGAUCCCAUGGUUACGGCCGGUUCUCUGCCCAGUGUCGGCCCAUUGGCUGGCAUUCCCGCCACCACUCUCACAGACCAGCUGAAACUAGCCGGACUCUACAGUAUAGGUGCUGUCCUGUCUCCUCUCAGCAUCCUAAACCGACACUCCAAGAGACCACUGAGUGUCAUCAAGGGUGAGAUUGAUGACAACAAUGACGAACGCAAAAAAAGAAGGCGAGAAAAAAAUAAAGUUGCAGCCGCUCGCUGUCGGAACAGAAAGAAGGAAAGAACAGACUGUCUCCAGAAGGAGUCAGAACGGCUGGAGAUGUUGAACUCCGGGCUGAAAUCUCAGAUUGAGGAGCUGAAAUCAGAGAGACAGCAACUCAUUGUGAUGCUCAACCUCCAUCGGCCCACCUGCAUUGUCCGUACAGACAGCGUGAAAUCCCCCGAGGGUGACGAACACAUCAUGGAUCAACUCACAGAUCAGUCAGACUGAAACUACAAACCAGACAGAGCUCUCAAAGAGAGGGAGACAAGCAAGCGUAUCAAAAACUGAACUGCAAUGAGUUGUCUGCAUUACGCAAGUAUGCAGCAGACAAGGAAACUGAAGUUGGAACUUGUUCUUCAAACCACAAAAGGAUUCACUUUUAUUGUCAGGCAAAAAGUGAUAACCAAACUCUAUAAAAUGUCUGUGGUUGGAAAUGUUAUGUAAAAGCAACUGUUGCAAAUCAUGGAAUUGUUCACCAGUCAAGGGACCCUUGAGUCCAGGUCUUGCUAGUGUGGACACUAAACAAACUUUCCCUGAGAUUAACCAAAAGAGUUAUGGUCCUCUGCAACCACUGUAAUAAACCUGUCUGACUGCAGGUGUGGCUGUACUGUUGAGAAACAAGAGUAGCAUCUUCCAGGUGUUUGUUCGAUUGCAAAUAAGAUUUUGCUUUUAUUUAAUUACACCAAGGCAAUUUCUCACAGCAGCCACCAGAUGUCGCUGUCGGAUCAACUCCAUUGUUCACUGACGCUGGCGUCUCAAUGGACCUGUUGUUUGCAUUAAUGCAUUCAAUGUAUACUGCAUUCUGUGUUUAAGAUAUGUAAUCUUUUAUACUGUGAUAUCAUGUUAUAUGUAUUUGUGUAUUCAGGAUGCCUGUGGAGAAGACACUUUAUUACCGAGUAAUAUUUCUUCAUUAUAUGGGGCAUCAAAAUAAA